CAGAUCCAGGUGAACAUGUCUGCUGCGGAAGACGACACCGAGCUGAGGGACCUGCUCAUCCAGAACCUGGAGAACAGCGGAGUCCUGAACAAGCUGAAGGCGGAGAUGAGGGCAGCCGUGUUUCUGGCCAUGGAGGACCAGGACCGACUGGAGAACAAAACGCCGCUCAUUAAUGAGAACCUGAAGAAAUGUCUCAGCACCAAAGACGGACGCCUGGUGGCCAGUCUCAUCCUGGACUUCCUGCAGGUCUUCAGUCUGGACUUCAGCCUCGCCGUCUUCCAGCCGGAGAUUAACUCGCUGAACGGUUUGGACGGCCGGGACCUGGUCUGCAGGGAGCUGGGUCUGUCCGAGUCGGCGCUGAACAGAAACUCGCCGGUUUUACUGGAGCUGGUCCGGAGGAGCCGACAGAAAGACGAGCCGUCCGUCAUCAAUGAGGGAGACAGAAGUGGACCCGUCCUGAGGGAACUCUCCCAGAAACAGAUCCGAACCGCUCGGAAGGCCUUCGACUCUCACGACAAGGAUCAGCGGGGCUCAGUGAGAAAAGACGACCUGAAGUCUGUCUUCAGGGAUCUACUGCCCGGCCUGAACAAGAACAUGUUGGAGACAUUUGUGGACGAUGAGCUCAGAGCUGCAGGCAGCGACAUCGACUUCCAGUCCUUCCUGGAGAUCUACAGACGUCUCUUCUCUCAGUGCAGAUGUGUGGUUGUUGGGGAUUCAGAUGAAACUGGAGCUCAAACCCAGAAACCUGAAGACAAACCGGGCUCUCCGCCUGCCAGUAAGAUCCCCAGGUUCAAAGGUCAGAAGAGCCAGACAGCAGCUCAGGACCUGGAGCGGAUACUCUCCCUGCCCAAAAGAGACCUUCAGCAGCAAGAGCGCUCCUCUUCCUCUGUGAGGAUGGAGCAUCUGGACCUGGAGCUGGAUGAAGAAGUGGACCACGAUGAAGAGGACUCCUUCUUCGACGACCCGCUGCCCAAACCGCAGAAGACUUACGGAUGCUCUCCGAUCGGAGAAAAGGACUCGUCAGAGAGGACAGACAGUCCCAAGGACUCCGCCCAACUGAGGGAGGAGGGUCCGUCUGGGCCGCUGGUCUCUACAAUGAGACGCGGCCGAAGCCUUAGUGAUCUCUCGGUUCUUGCUGACGACCCGGAACUGGAUCAAGGCGGUUCCAUCUUGGAUCGUGGCUCAGAGCUCAGGAAGGCAGAGACGUCCGGAACCAGAGGCAGUCCAGUGGGCUCUAUGACUGAGGCUCUGAGACCAAGAGGAGGAAGCAGUGGGUCAGAACCGAGCCUCAGCAGGAACGGAGCAAAAACCUCCAGAGAGAAAAACCUGCGCGCUGCGAGCGACAGGACAGGAUCUCUGCACUUGGAUGAAGAGGAGGAGUACGAUGAUGACUUCAACAGCCAUCGGUCGGACCUUUCUAACGGCGAGCUGAGUUUGGCCGAGGACAUCGAGGAGGUGUCCAUCGAGGGUCCGGAGAACAGCGAAAAGUCUAAUGAAGCCACACAGGACCUGAGCGUCUCUCAGAUCAGUCAGAGCCACGGAGCUGACUACAUGGAGGACGUGUCAUGACGCUCCCAGCAGGAACCUCCUCCUUUCUGGAUAUUUAAAUCUGUACAGUUUGAUUAGAGCAAUAAAUGGGUUUGUUUGGUUUAAA